UCAGGAAUUCCCUUCCAAGCUGGAAAUCUGAAUACAUCAAAGACCUUACAGGACUGGAGCUGUAGCAGUGGGUGUACGCCUUCUUUUCACUGUCGGUUGCCGCGCUGUACGAACGUUGUGUUCCCUACUGCUUUUAGUGGAUCAGGGAGGGUAAGUGUGAAACAAGCAUGCGGGGGACAGGGGGGGAGGGGGAGGGUUUGAGGAUCGAUCAAGGUAAUAGGCGGGUGGAAAGAGUAGUUGUAGAAUGUGGUAUAGACAAAGAGGAGACCGUAGAGUGAAAGCUAAGGGAGCUUGAAGGAGAGCAUAUUCACAAGGUGUACCACAACCUUAGGGUCAUGAACGUACAACUUUUGUUAUCGGUGAGUUUUUUUCUUAAUUUGCGCGAGAUUGAAAACUGGCAUGAUUCUCACUUUGACUUAGUUAACAGCGUUUAAAAAACUGAGAAAAGAGUACGUAAUAAUGUAUUUAUCACAAUGUCUUCAAUGUAGGUCCAAGUUUAUGUGACGAUUAGCCAUGAUGAGAAGUUUUCGCGUGUCCAUUCGCCCUCAGCUGUGUGGGUUCAGUCCGUCACCACACGUGGCUUUGAGGUGUGUGCACGUGAGUCAGGCAUUGGAUCAAAUGGAACAGGAAUUAUCAACUGGUUGGCUUUCCAAGGUCAUCCACAAAUGACGCGUGGUAGCGUUACUUUUAGCGGAAUAUGGACAACGGAAACAAAAUGCGACAAGAUAAAUUUAUCUCAGGUUAGAUGAAAAAAAAAAGGCCAAGAAGUACACUGCGUGUUUUUUUUUCGUUCUGAGUCACGCUCUUGGUAGGUGUUUCGCUGAUGUGGUCUUGCAAAAACUUUAGUAAAAAAUGACACUUGAUGGCAGAUUUGAUUUUUUUUUUUUUGCUUAAGACUUCAAUUAGGUCGAUUUGCAACUAAUACGAGUUGCGAAACGUUUCCUUUUGUUCCUUUUGAAAGCUGUUUUCAUAUGAUUAUUAUCUACCAAACUUACCAGGACAAGGUCAAUCAGUGUGGUGAAUCAGGGUUAUCAGUCUUGCUAACACAAAGCUGACUUGACAUUACUCGACGUUUCAAUUUAUUUGUUUUCAUAGAUCAAGAUAUGUUUAUGUAUCAAAGUACGAAAAAAUUGUUCCAGAUAGGUAAAACAAUUGUCCCUGUUAAGUAAAACAGGGCUAAAUAUCCGCGCAUUGAAAAUACCGCUCAGAAAAACGGGGUUUAUUGUAUCGAAAAUAAAAACCAGUUUUCACGGUAAAUAUCUGAAGUGCCUUUCAUUAUGAUAUUGACGCAUUCUAGGGAUUUGUUGGAACACCUCACGUCUUUGUGUCAGCAAAGUAUACACGAGACACAAAGCCAGAUGAUGCCAUGUACGUUUGGUUAGAAAAUGUCAGUUCUAAAAGUUUCGAGGUUUGCAUACGUGAAUUCUUACCGUUUGACGGGAAACAUCAAGACACAGUUGUGGUAAGUUAACUUAAUUUACAUUUUUAUUUGUAUCGCGCCUCUUCCAACUCCAAAAUCGCAACAUCUAACUCGAAACUCGAACCUCCAAAUCCAAAACUCAAACCGUGAAACUUUUAACUCAAUACUCGAAGCUCAAAGCAUGCGCAACGCACAUGAUUGAAACUUCCGACACAUUGUGUCUCACACUCGCACAUUUUACAUGCAGGACUGGUUUGCGUUCACUGGUAAUGGUUCUGAGUUCAACUUCUCGAGAGCAGGUGAAGUGAAUUUCCCAAAUAGUGGCAUCCCUAAAGUUGAAAAUAACUAUGGUUUCUGCCAGGUGAGUGUUGCGAUUUCUGUUCCAGUUUUUUUUAAAUUUUACUUUAAUUUAAUCUUUAUCAUCGGAAACUCGAAUUACUUGUCUAUUUUCACAUGAAGCUGCUCUUUUCGCCCUUUGAAGAACGAAAAUAGUGGCGAAGCUUUUACGCGCGAGGCACGUUAGCGGAGCCUCAUAGCUAAGAAAAUAUGGUAACUUACUAAGCAGAAAAAAAUUGGGUCGUUACAAGAUUGCUACCGUCCAUACGCAAAACUGUUCUUUGUAUGUGCGCGUGUGUGUGUGUAAUUAGCAACUCAAAUUUGCAUUGAGGCUUGGCAAAAUCUGUAUAGAAGAAGAGGGCUGGAAGUUUUUUUAAGUUAAAAAUAUUACCUUGUCCUAUCUUUUGCCGAAAGUCUCAUCUCUUUCAUUCUGGGAUACCCUUCAAGGUAAUGCUACAUUACUGAUCCUUUUUCCUCCGCAGAAAGUGCACUUCAACACCACCUUUUAUGCAUCACCAAUUGUUCUUAUUUCUGUCCAUCACUUCUACAACCCUCAAGUCAGUGGGAAGAGUUCCAGUUCCCCAGAAAAUAAUAUUGUUACAGCAUGGGUCGAGGUAGGCUUCUUAUUUGUUUCAGAUUUUUGGAGCUGAACCAGUAAUAAAAUGCGGUACACAUUUUUUUUUACCUUACUAGAAAAUUAGGAUCGCAUAGGUUUGUAGAUGAUUUUAUCUUUCCUGUCACUUGAUUUUUAUUUGGCUGAUUGAAGGCUCUUCAGUUUCCUGCUUAUGAUGGGAGAUAUCACAUAACCUCUGACUUGAUAACAACACGCCUGUAAAGGUGUGCAAAAAUCAAAUUAUGUUACAUGACGCUUAUUUACAAGAUUUUGCCCUUCACAGGAAGUCGGUCUAACAUCUAUGACGAUUUGUGUUAAAGACUUAAGCGGAGCUGGGAGUAAACAUGAUCCACUUUCCGUGAGCUAUGUCGUGAUUGGAGGUUAGUGCUUAGGCGACAAUAAUGAUCUACACUCAAUCUAUAUUUCAUCCUACUCUAAGACAAGCUGAAAUAAGUUUUGGACUUAAAAGAGAUUUUGCCCCACCUUCCUUCCAUAUAAGAGACAUGAAUGCCCAACCUAGACUUCUCCUUCUCAUAUUCCACUUCGCACUCCCCAUUCCGACAUUUUUAAGGUGAAAAAUGUAGAACUUCGCUGUUUGCUGGACACUAUGUUCAAUCGAAUAAACUUCUAACUACCUUCUAAAUAUAUAUCAGACAUAGAUCCAUGCCUUGGCGUUUACUGCCCAUCUUUUGGAGUUUGCAAAACUUACAGCGCCCACGAAGCUCGCUGUGUGUGUAAUGACAGUUGUCCGUCCUAUCAAGAUCCGGUGUGUAGCGCAAACGGAACAACGUACGACAAUGAAUGUCGGUAUAAGUUGAGCUACUGCAGGGGACUGGACAAUAAUACGAUGUACCAUCCAGGAAGCUGUGAGGGUAUGUGCUUUGUUACUUUAUAUUUCAUUCAUCACUUUGUUCGUUCGUUCUUUGGUUCAUUUGGUCAGACGGUCAUUACAACAUUCCGUUCUUAUUUCUUUCCUUCCUUCCCUCUUUCAUUCACUCACUCACUCAUUUAUUCAUUCCUACUCUCUUCUACCAUAGCGAAAAGACAAUAUUUACGAGGAAUAACGCAAUCCUUUUUUGAUGCUCAUUACCAGGUUUUCCAUUCCUGCGCGGCCGUGUUGAACUCCUUCACGUUCCAAAAUGGUCUGAGUCAGGCUGUAAGACAGUCAUUUUCCCGCCAUACCGAUUUUACCCAAACAAAGACGUCCACGUUCAACUUACUGUGAACCACAUCAACCUAAAUGACUCCGUGACAGUACAUCACGCAAUCACUUUAUGGACAGAAAACGUCAACACUCAAAAUUUCACAGUCUGCGCUAUGCAAGCCGGAAGGAAUGGAAACAACUUUAACCCAUUUGCGACUGUGGACUGGAUGGCCUACCAAGGAGCACCGAUAAAUGCGGUGGGUGGAAAAAUUAAGGUUCAAAAAUGGUGGUCUGGGACCAAAUGCGAAGAUGUGACCUUUCCUAAGGUAAGAUAGAGUCCGUAGGUUCCAAAACACUGACAUUUCUCUGAAUCACGAUGUUGUUUACUGGUCAUCGUCCUUAGCGUUUUUUAAUUGGUUAAGAGCCUCAAACAUACUGUCAAGCGAACUGACGACGGGAUGUCAUUGGACCAGACCUCUUAGAAUUUACUUUCGAAGGCAACGUUUAUUUUAGAUAGAAACGCGAGAAUGUUACCUUUAGGGAUCCCUUCCCUAAAAAUACUUCUAUCUAUCGAAGGUUGCCAUCCCUGAGAAGAAUCAAAGGCGUACGUAAUUAUAAAAAAGAAUCAUAUUCUGAUUCUUUCGUGGUAGGACAUGUUUAAGGAAGAUCCAGUAACUCUUGUGACGGCUGAACACGUAAAGACUGGAAAAAAGUACGAUGCUGCUUUGAUAUGGACAGAGGAUACAACCAAAACCUCAUUUAAAGUUUGCCUCCGUGAAAUGCAAAACUUUGAUGGAAAACACGAAGACAUAUACGUGGUCAGUUUCCGAUAACUUUUUUAUCAUUUACUUUGUUCUAAUUCAGUGUUGUUAUCACCAAGCGUUCUAUUUUACGAUAUUAAAUCGAAAAGCAAUUCACAAACUAUCCAGCAUUUUUAAAGCUAGCUAUAAUUUAGACACUUUCUCUUUUUUAGGGUUGGUUGGCAUUUUCUAAGCUGCGCAAACCUCUCUUCACUGAGUAUGGCUCUGUAAAGUUUCCAAACACGAAGCAGCCAUCAGACGAAAGCAACAAUGCCUAUUGUGAGGUAAUGUCUAUGAUAAUUUUGAUGAGGAAAAAAAAAAAAAAGAAAUUGGAGGCCACAAACGAGAUUCUAGAACAGUUUGAUAGAUAAAUAAAUUUAACUGAUUAUUCUUAAGAUGCUCCCUCGAGUUUCUUAAAACUAUUCUGAUAGUUUUUAUUUUACUUUCGAGUAAUAGUUUGUGCAUUUUACAAGGAGCUACAACGUGACACCAUCAGUUUUAAUCACAGCCAAUCACAGCACCUCAGAAAGUGGAAAUUCGGCAGCGGUUCACAAUGGAAUAACAGCUUGGAUUGAGGUAGGAGUUAAACCACGGGGCAAAGUUCAAAUCUACUAAAAAGUUUGACUGAAUGCUGUCGCGUACCCAAUGCAGCAGACACGGGGUGUUGUACACUGGAUUUCGGGGAGUGUCAACCGCUGUGUAAGAAUCGACAACACAAGUUGAUCGAUCAACGUUUAAUGCUAUCGUCUGAAUAUCAUACCCAUGCAGUGAAAACUAAAAAGAGGAAAUUGCAAUAUACAAGAUUAAAAAUGGGCUGAGGCUUACAAUAUAAGCGAAAUCGAAAGGAAAACGAAACUAAUUACAAUAGGCUGGAACUUACGUCUGAUCCUGUCUUUGUGGCUUAGAGAAGCUGCAAUGUUACGUAACUGGAACAAUCUUAUGUGAAAAGAAAGUCUGAUCUAUCUCCGUCGAUCUCCUAACUCCAACUGACUCGAUACUUAAGGGUCGUACCGUUAUAAGGGUAUAAUUCAUGUGUACAAUUGUAAACUGGUUUAUCAGGAAUAUUACCCGAGUAGGUAAUUCAAGCUGUGAACAAUAGCACACUGUAUUUGGAAAUAGGGGCAUAAACUCGACAAGGAAACAAAACAGAAAUUUUCUAUUAUAAAUCAAAACAAAGGCGAUUACGUGAUCAAAGUCUUCUUUGAAUGUUCAUUACAACUGCAGUAGAAGAAGUGAUUCUCGUAAAAAAUAGACCGGAACAAUACACUAUAGUUGAUAAAGUUAGCUCAAAACUGUGAAUUAUUUGGUUUUUGAAUGACAAUAUGCAAUCAAAAGCCUUCCUGGAAAAAUAUUAUCUUACCUACUGAACCCAACAACCUAGACCUAGCUGAGAGAUGAUCCCAACCCGGCCAUUUUUUUUUCUGCCUGCAUCAGGUCUCUUACGCUAAGCAGUUCUGUUAUGUUUUAAUUAUGUUUUCAUCGUACCAAUUCUAAUUAGAAUAUGAACACAACAGGCUUCAGAACCUGCGUAAAAGAAGUGUAUGAAACUCGAUAUGAUCCACUCUCAGUCAGUUAUGCCGUUGUGACAGGUCAGUAAACCUUGCUUCAGAAAAACUUGAAAAUACUUGCAAAUAGGACAAAGGUGAAAAGUUUAGUGACCCCUUUUAAGGUUCGCUAUCAAAAAUUUAGUGCAAAUGAAACAGAGUCUUAGGAGGGAGAAACCAAAUUUUUCCUUAAUUGAUUUUUAGAAGUAGCCAAACACUCACACUCCCUGGAGCUAUCAGUGCUUCAUUUCUCUUAACAGUUUUCACACCCUGGCAAAUAAACAGGUUAUGGAAACCUAAAAAAGUCAUCAAACUUGGGAUGUGGUUCGGAUUUAAUUAGAAGCAGUUUUUAGGACGAACUAGUAAAGAAAUCUGUUGUCACCAUUUUAAAGAAUCAGCUUUCAGCUCUUGAGAGUUUAAGGGCCAACCAAUACUUUCAUGUCUCUUUUUCCAGAUAUAUGUGAUCCAGGGUGGAGUUAUUUUAAUGGUUACUGUUACUUCACGAGUGAAACCUGCACAAACUGGACAAACGCAUUAAAAAAAUGCCACGACAAGAAUUCAGUCCUUAUUGAUGUCAAUACUAAUGAAGAAAAUGUCUACAUACAACAUCGCCAUAAUGGAGAUAAUUCAUGGCUGGGUUUGAAUGACAGAUCAACAGAGGGCGACUUUACUUGGGUAGCCCAUGGACAUGGAAAUUUUACAGCCUGGGCCAAAAAUCAGCCAAAUAACUUCAAAGAGGAGGAUUGUGUGCACGCACUUGGUGUGAAAUACAACUAUGAAUGGAACGACGUGCAGUGUAGUGAUUGUCAUCAGUUUACUUGUAAGAAAGGUGAG